GUCAUAAAGAUUAUAAAAGCCGAGCCUUUGUGGUUACUAAAAGUUACUUACAUAUAUUUUUUGUUGCUCGUACCGUUUUAUUUGGCGAGUGAAGUCUUUUGGUUCCCCCGAAAACACUUCUUGUUCUUUAAUCUUAUUUAAAUCUGAUACUGUUGUGGAUGACACCCGUUAUUUUAUAGUUCCAAAAGUUUCGAACGAUGUCCCGCUGGCCAUGGAUUUACUUCUUUAUCAACUUCUUAGAUCCUGUUACAAGCCCCAAAUCGCGUUUCUUGAUGGCCUUGUUUUUGGAUUAGGAGCUUCUAUUGCACUUAAUUGCCCUAUAAGGAUUGCUACGAAUUCGAGUAUCUUUCAAGCGGCCUCCCAAGAGGAGGCUUGUACGAAUUACACCAUUAAUCCUGGCUUGUUCUAUAGUUUGUCUAACUUGGACGAUAAUUUAGGGCCUUUUCUAGCGCUUACUGGCUACAAAGUAAAAGGAAAAGAUUUGUGGCAUGCGGGCCUUUCUACGAUAUAUAUGCCUUACGAAAGAUUAAGCUCUUUAGAAUUACAUCUCCACAAUCUCGUAAAUUACGACAGCAGUUCUCUUCGCCAACUUUUAUUGAGUGUUUGUAGUGAUCCUGGUUUCUUUUCUUUGAAGGCUUAUCUCCCUAUCAUUAAUCGCUGUUUUGGAGGUUCCAGUGUCGAAGAUAUAAUUGAAUCACUCAAGCAAGACAAUUCUUCGUUUUCACAAACAUGUGUGGAACGAAUUUUGUCGUAUCCCCCUUUAUUUAUAAAGUUAACACAUAAAUUGCUUCAAACUUGCGCCGGUCACUCUCCAAUAGAUUGCCUAAGAAUUGCACAUCUUUUGAAUCAGAAUAAAAAAAAAAUAUUAACCAACUUUUCUCCUCCGACCACUCUCAAGGAAGUGUCACGUGAACUUCUGGAGAGCUUAGUUCCUGCCGACCCUGCUGAUUAUUCUUCGGUUGACUUUCUCAAGGAGCGCGUCCCGCAGACUUCUUUGAAGCGAGAAGAAUGGGAACUUUGGGAUGUGGCCCGGCACUAUAAUGGCAAACUAGAUAUUCUUCCUGGAAAAACUGCUUUUUUCCAGAAUUGGGGCGACUUCGAAGGAGUUAUCACUCGUAAAAAUGUAGAAGAAACCCUUAAAUCUUUAACGCAUCAAACUCUUUUUGAAUUGGAGAAGCGCUUUUAUAAAAAAGUCUGUUUUCCUAAAAACAAAGAAAAGUUGUCUCAAUUAUUUACUUCUCUUCUUAAAACAGAAUAA